AUGCCCGACGUUGACGUUUUGCUGUCAAUUUUCGUGGAUCAUGGAGGGGGAAAAGAAGUAAAUAAUCUGGAUCCGUCGGAGUUGCGGAAACUGAGGAACAAGCAAAGGAAAGCUCGGAAGAAGGCCGCCCAAGAGGAGGAACGGGCCAAGCAAGUUCAGCUGAGUCAGAAUGUGCAGAGCAAAGCCAAAGGAACGCCCAACAGCGCGAAUCAUCAGGACGGAGAGGCAGACGCCCCGAAGAAAAACGACGAUCUAAAUCCGGACAAGUUGUCGGGGGUUGAAAAUCCUCUCGAAGAAGCGCUCAAGUUUCUCACGCCACUCUUCCAGAUGCUUCCGAAUAACCCGGAAAUCUACUGCUUUGGGUUCGAGAUUUACUAUCGAAAGCAGAAACCUCUGUUGAUGCUCCGAUCGAUUAAACGGCUGUGGCAGAAGGACCCGGAACACCCCAAGUUUGUGUCUAUGGUCGUGAGGUUUGCCGAAUUCCGCAAGGAGCACGAGUCCGAGUGGCCCGAGUCCGUCCGUCAGGUUGUGCAGUCCGAAUGCAGCGCGAUGUACGGCGAAAAGGAGCCCAAGGCUUUCCUUCACGAAAUCCUGGACCGAUACAAGUGGUCCGUCCCGCAUCGCCACGAAUGUUCAAAAAUGAUGUAUUUUCUGGACCCAUCAAGCCAACGAGAGUCGAUAGCUUUGGCUACGGAGAUCGAACGAGGAGUGGAGAAAGUCAAGUUAUUGGACUGCGAGGCGGUGCUGGAGAGCUUACUCGAAGGAGAAUUCGGCGACGACGUGACAUCGGAGAUGGAAGCCUACAAAAUCAAGUGUCGCUCGCGGUUCCCCAUAGCAAGAGCUUUCAGAACCCCGGAAGAGUUGUUGGAGGCGCCUAGUGAAAAGGUCGUGAACAAUGGCGGCGGGAUUCCCGACGAAUGGGAGACGACGGACGAGAAGGCCCCGACUGCGGGUGGCGACGGAAGCGGUGGUGGUGACGACGACGACAGCAGCAGCAACAACGUGACCGUGGCCAACACCAAGAAUGGCGACGGGCUCAAGCAGGGAGACGCGCGGAACCAUCAAGUCGGCGUCGUGCACUGAUGACGGACUGACGUCUUCGGGACGCGACGGAUCGAGUGCUUCCCCGUUGGGGCCCGCGUGUUGUCUUUUCGCUCUUCUCACUCCGUCUGUCGGUCUCGGAUUUGCUUCACCUCUUUUUACGUCGCGUUACGAGUUUUUACCUGUUGUUGUUUCUCCGACUGCAACGGUUUAUUUUUUUCUAGUUUGAAUUCAUUUUUGAAUUUGGAACAAAAAUUUCUUCUAGCGAUUGCGCCUUGCCGUUUUCUCCCCCUGUUUUGAGCGUGACCGUCGGCGCUGCUUGUGCCUUGAAGGAAUGGAUAAUGAGAAGGGGGGGCGAUCAAUCAAAACACGACGCGUUGAUGAUCCAACAUUUUUUUUUCGUAGUCAUGAAGCAUUUCAUACCAUCCCUGCUCCGCAUGACUGGUUUCUUAAAUCUUUUUUUCUUGUUUUUUCAACUGUUUUGCCCCUCGAGUCGGAAAUUGGGGAAACUUCAUCACCUUGAAUAAGGGUUGGCAAAAUCUGACGAAAUCCUGUUUUCAUGGCGUCAUUAUUCGAAUAAAAAUUUAUUUUCAAAGUGUAAGUUGUCUGUGAGUCGAAUCAAACAAAAUUACUGUACUUAGCAAAGAAAAACAAAAUAUGACUGGGGAAAAAGAAAAUCUGAUCAAUUCGCCGGUGUUUUUGGUGGACCGCUCCUUGCAAUUCGGAUCGCGGGUCGACCGUUCCUUCGCAAAAAAAUAAUAUUCGCGUUAUGUGUCGUCGAAGCGCUUGGUCUCGCGAAAUGUUUCUUUUUUUUUCCGCCGUGAUAGUUGAUAGACAUAGCAUUAGGACACGAUCAGAAACGUCCCCGUUCCUGCAUUUAUUACGGGUCCAUUGCGUGGCGCGAAUGACUUAACGUUCGCUUAUCUUGCUCUCUUUUAUUUCUUCCUGCGUUUUUUAAAAUUUUUUUUUCUUUUCGCGAAAUUUGAGGAACGUUUUUCCAUGGGGGCUCGCUUUCAUUGUUGUUGGAUUGCCGGAUGUCGUUUCAUGUCUUACAUGAUAUACUGGUGCUGGAUUUUUGAGCGUGUUUCACACGGGCGCGUUUCGGAACAGCUUCUAUAAAAUCUAGUACAGGAUUAGAAUUAGGAGUAAAGUGAAAUUCAAGCUCUGAUGAAGUACCGUUCCAGGAAAGUAUCAACAAAGGCGCCAAAAAAUGUCAUUCCUGCUGAUAAAUAGUUUCAAUCUCUUACGGUGCGUAGCGUAAUCCGAAUCUAUCUGAACUUUUUUUUACUGUCUUCCACUCGAGGAAUCCUUUUUUUUUUGCAUUAGUGAUGUUAUGUAAAUUGUAUGUCGUCGGCACGCGUUCUGUUCUGAAUGCGUUCAGUUGUCUAGGUCACGAUUUAAGACUGCUAUGAAGGUUUAGUUGAUCGCUUGAGAUCCGUAUGCUCAAGAUUCAUCGAAACGCUGAGUAAUUUACGUAUGCAUUCGAUACUUGGUAACUGCCAGCUGUAGGUAAAGAAAACGAAAAGCUUUCUUUUUAUUCACUGGUUCGAACAAAACUUUUCAAGUUUGGGGAAAGCGAGCCUCCGUGUAAGGAUUUUGCUCUUGUCCAAGAGCAUCUUGCCUUCGUCUUAUGAAAAGACUUGACUUAGCAUUGAAUUGUCGUUGUCCGUUGGGGUGAGUCCGCGACUUCGUACGUUAGGAGUUCCUUUUUUUUGUUUUCCGUUUUGUUGUUGUCACCCUUGCCAAACAGUCGUUUCAGUUCGCCACUGUGAGUCGCUUGCGACUUCAUUCCGAGACAACAAAAAGACACUCAAUUAGGGGAGAGAAGGAAAUGGCGGCGAGUCACGUUCUGCUUUCAUUGAAUGCAAGAAAUGUAACUUGAAUGAACGGACGCGGGGAAGGCGGCCGCCGGAAGUCACGGAAGCGAUUUGGAAACGGGAGAACAGAAGUGACGGAUAAAGACGAGGGGGGAGAGUGAAUAAAGAGUCAAGCGAAUGUUUUGAGAUAAGGUGGACAUCAUCAA